GAGGCUGGCUGGGGGGCAUCGAAGAUCAAUCAGAUCAUUUUAUGGGGCUGAGCCGUUAUGCAAUCUUGAACGGGGGAAUGGAAGGAUCCUGAAUUUUGGUACCCAUGUUUUCAUCACUGAGACGAGAUGCAGUGCUGAUUGGCCGGGGGUUGGAAGAGCUCGGGGUAUGAAACCUUCUAGAAGGAUGCUAGAUCAUGUCUCAAAGUGAUGCGUGCCACAUGGCAGUGGAAAUUAAGUUGUUCUUAGGGUCUUCUCGAACGCAGCGAGAGCCUCGUCACCUGGGGUCCGUGCUGCUUCAAUGCCGUUGUCUCGAAAUGACAAGUCCAGAAAUGACAAGUCCAGAAAUGACAAGUCCAGAAAUGACAAGUCCACGAGACGAUCGCAACGAGGACGCACGACCCACGAAGUAUGCAAUUAAAAGGAAAAUCUCCGGGUCGGAGUCUCCGGUGACUAAACAGUGCUGGGAAAGUGAGGUGGAAAGCGUGAAACUACUCAUGCUUCUGAACUGUCCUACAGUUCGGGCGCAACUUGCGAAAGUCGAUCAGAACUUGACUCGCAGGGGAACGCUUUGGGCCAUUGCAAACCAGUGAGAGAAAUGGGCGCGAGCGGCAAAAAGUUUGGUCGCUGUCUGCAUGUCGAGCACGAGGCUCUCGAGUGUGCAGAACCAUUGGGUACGAUACGACGCAGAGUUUCAUCAUCUCCCGCCUUCGACGGGAAAUUUGCAAAUCCAAAUUAUGCAAGGCUACCAAGGCUACCGCUUGAUAGCCAGUCAGUCCCGUCAGUGGAGG